AUGGAGGGAAAUAAAAUAAAAAGAAAUCGAGAGGAUAACACAGAUUUAGAGGAUAAAGUACUUCACAAGAAGUCGAAAAGGGAUUCGACAAAUGACAAAACCGCGGACAAAUCACUACGUUCGAUCAUGCCCAAGGGUUAUAAAAUGAUGGAAAAUAUGGGCUACAAGGAAGGGGAAACAUUAGGUAAGGAUAGAUGUGCCAUAAAAGAACCUAUUAAGGUAGAAAUUAGCACCAAGAAACAGGGCAUUCGUGCAAAAAAGUCUGACUCAUCAAUGGUGAAGGAUAUGCAGAUGAGUGAACAAGAAUUCAUAAAACGAGAAAGUGAAACAAAAAACAAUAAACGAUUAGAAAAAAUAUGGUAUAGGAUCCAAAAAGUUGCUUUUGAAAUGAUGGGUGAUUCCGAUUUAUACAAUACGGGCGAAGAUCCGAGAGACUUCAACGUACUUUGGAGGUCUUACGUUAUACAACUAAAUAAAGAAUUAACAAGAGGCGGCCCGAAGGAUGCCAGUAACGAUGAUAUGGAAACGAAAGAGGUCAUAGUACCAACAUCAGAGAAAGAGUUAGAGCCUUCGCCUGUCGUCAAAAGUGAAAAAAUUGAACAUACCUCCUCAGUAAUAAAUUGCGAUGCUUCAAUUAUUGGCAGUCGUAUCACAGAGGACACGGAACUCACCGAACUGAAUGAAUUGAGCAUUGAAAAAAGAAUAACAAAAUUGAAUAUAUUCUUGAGAUCCGAGAAGUACUACUGUUUUUUUUGCGGAAUCAAAUAUAAGGAUGAAGGUGAUCUUUACGAGCAUUGCCCAGGUGUGAAUGAAGAGGACCACAAAUGA